AUGUCGUCUGAAGGGUCCGAAAGGCAGCCUACUCAGAUAAAGUUCAUCCUCACCAGGUAUGUGCAAACUGAGGAGCAUAACUUCAAGGCAACCGUUCAGAAUCUCACCGGCAAGGACGCGAAGGUCUGCGGCAGUUCAUGGGAGAAUGCGGAGGCGAGCGGGAAAGCGGCCCGGCGGGAGGUUCCGGCGAGGACAGGUGGAGAUAAUGGCGGCCUUAAAUCGGAAAACUUCUCGUUGGAAGAUUUCCGGUGGCUAAUGGAGCUGCCACCAUUGGAUGGAUAG